AUGGACACCUUGUUGGAGCGAACAUAUUUCACCGAUAUCUUCGAUAGCGAAAUCAACCUCUUCAAGGAGAAGUUUGGUCCAGAUUUUGACGGAUGGCAAGUAAGCAGUGCUUGGAAACUUCUUCAGAACACUUGUUAGCG